AUGGGUUUCGAGCAGUUUGUCACACUGACCCACCCUAGUGCCUGCAACUGGUUGGCCGUCGUGACCCACGGCCGACGCGGCACUGAGAGGCUUUGGCCUUCAACUGCGGUUGAGUUUCGCGAGCGCUUCGCCUUCUUGUUGCGAAAGCUGAAGUUGCAGGACGUUCGUUUGCUCAAGCACUUGCUCCAGCACGGCUUCGAAGCGCUCAGUGUCCCACGAGCCCUCGCCAUAGGCUUGCCGCCCCAGCACUUGCUCAAAGUUGCGUUGCCCGUGCCGACUUCUGGCGAGGACGUAGUCACAGCCUGCUGCGCCUAUGGAGCCAUUGUUAAGGAUGGUCCGCUGAAAGGGGCUCGAUACCUGGAUGUGCCUGAGGCGCGCCUUGCCAAGGUGGUCAGGUCCUACAAGCACGAUGACCGUUUUCGACAGUUUGCACGCAUGGCUACAGAAACUCUGGCUGGAGACAGGGCUUCCUCAAACUCCGAAGGAGAGGUGCCUGCAGUCGCAAGGGUAGCGCGUCGUCCAACGCUUGGCUGGCGUAUGCGGUGCUACAAGGUGUUGCUAUGGUUGAAGUCGCUGCGGCAGGCCUUGCGCUGGUGCCUGGUGAUAUCCUUUCUAGUUCUGCUUUGCCGGCCAUUUGCUCUUCGCUUCGCGGCUAAGCUCAUCGGCGGGAUUUUGCGCCUCGUCGUGCGAAGGCUCCUCAGUCUAGUGGUGCUGGUCCUUGACCAGGUGUUCGAAGAGCUCAUCCUGCAACUGGCCGUUGUCGUGGAGCCUGCCUCACCGUUCCUCGCGGAUGGCCAGUGCCCAGCGUACCCCACACUAGGCGUGCUGCACCAACUGGUCCUGUCUUCGGGCGGCGCCUUGGCAGGCGCCCUGAUACACUAUGUUGCUCAAAGGCUGCGCACACGUCCGGUUUUGCGCCUUUAG